AUGUCGGCCAACAAAAAUCAGGAGAAGCGGCUCCAACAGGCGGAACAGUUCAGUGAACGCGGGCUGGAUGCGAUUCUGGCCACGACCGAAGGCCGCAUCUUGGAAUUCCUGGCCGAGGGAGAAGCUGAACGGGCGCGGCUGUGGUACCAGAUGUCUGUGCUGUUCCCGCGAUUCAUUCAAGAGAAUGACAAUGGGAAAGAGCGCAUGAGCAUGAACGAAGCGCGCGCAUUCGCCCUGGACGUUCGCUUGGACAAUUUGGAGGACUACAUCGUGAAAAACUCCAACCAGCCAUCGACCUUCAGCGUCGGUCGCUCCAGCCAUCGACCGUCGCGGCGUCAGUCGUUCAGACCUGGGAUACCCGAAACAGGAGAGCAUUGUGAAGCUGCCACCAGUGGGGCUGGCUCAGACUCUGAUGCGGCAGGCUCAAGUCCUCGAAAAAGCGCGUCCUCCUUUGAUCCCAGGAGUGGGUCCGUGUGGGAGCCCCCUCUCGUUACCCUCGUUCGAUCCAAGGCGCGUCCUGAUCCAAAAGGGUAA